AAAGAGUGUAUUGUUUCAAAAUGGCGUUAAAUGAAAGAAAAUCAGCAGGAAUGUUACGGAAAAUUUCAAAACCCGUGAUAAGCACAGAUGUAAUGGGUAACCGAAAUGUUGAAGUACGUGCGGUUGGAGCAUGGGUUCAAGCAGAGCCAUGCAAUAGACAACCUGAAGGAGUUUUAGCUGCAGAGGAGGAGGAGUUAAGACUUAGACAAAUACAGUAUGAGAAGCAGGCUCGACUAAAGCAGUUUCAACUUGAGGUGAAGAAACGUGUAACAAAGCUUGAUAGGAUGAAGAAACAGGCUCAGCUAGAAACUAAUUACAGAGCAGCAGAGCAUGAGAGGAACAUUGUGUGUCAGAGUGCAUUCUCAUCACAAGAUUUUGCCAAGAAAGAUACCAGUCUUGUACGACCAAACACAGCACUAGAGGUGGAAAAAUUAAACAGAUGCAAGAAAGGAUAUAAAGAGAAGAAGACUCAUGAACCUGUAGAAGAGCAAGCUUUCUUUGAUCAGACCAAUCAGGUACAUCAACAUGUUCGACAUGCUAAGAAGAAUUUGAUGUCCCGUCAGGUGAUAACAGAUAAUUACGUAGGUGAUAAUUUACCAGGAGGUGUGUGGAAAAUAUCAAAAACAAGAGAUCCGAGUGAAGAGAAAAUAAGUCACCCAUCUUCAAGAUAUACUGUUGAUGGUCAGGAAUUUGACAUCCUGGAUGAGAAUCUUAUUGACAAAGUUAAAGUUGUUAAUAAUAAAGCAUUUCAAUGUAUAGAUGAUGAUGUAGAAGAUGAUGUUGAUAAAGAGAAUGUAGAAGUAAUGAGUGUACACAGUGAGGAAUUACCUGAAAAAUGUGUCAAGUUUGAUAUAGAUACACACACUACUGGUCACAGAAAUAGUGAAAUACGAAGAUCAUCACAACGUUCAGUGUAUAAUGGAACAGAUCUAACUAAGAAUAUUGCAAAAGUUCCCGACAUUUACGAGGGUGUUCAUUGUGAAGAGGAAAAACGUCGAGCCAAAGGUCAGCAAGCUAUGUAUAGACGAUUGUUUAUGGACCUAGAGAGGGAACAAGUCAAAGAAAAUCUGAGACGUCAAGAACACCGUAAAAGAAUUCAAAAACUGAAGAAAGAAAAGGAAGAAGAGAGAGUGAAGGAGGAACAAAUCUCCAAACAGCUGAUAGAACCACGUGACCCUGUUACCGGGGAAACUAGCCGAGAGGCCCUGGAUAGAGAGGAACAAGAGAGACAAUUUAUACGACAGACUAUACGUGAACACGAGAGGAAAGUACGGAAAACAAAAGAAAUGGAGAGGUACAUAGAGGCUCUGAGGCAACAACUCAAAGAGAAAACAAGAAGGAAGAAGAUAGAUUUACCUCCCUUGUGUUGUUGUGGUGAGACUAUUUGGGACACCAAUCCAGAAACUUGUGCCAACAAUUGUGUGUUUUAUAAAAACCCUAAAGAAUAUGGACGAGCAUUGCAGGCAAUGCUUGAUUCAAGUGACCUUGCCUCCUAGGACUGAUUCACCGUGACAUUAUACUAGGAUAAAUCUCAACUGCUGACUAGUAUCGUACAUGUGGAAGUAUCUUAAUCUUCUCAAAAAAGUGAAAGAUCUGAUUGAAAAAAAAGUAUAGUCACCAAAACAACAGACUGGAGCGUAUUAAUAUAAAAAGAAAUUUCAAUUUAAGUUUGUGAUGUGAAGAAGAAGAAAAAAGAAGUUGAAUAUAUUGAAAUAUUGUUUGUAAUUAUGUGAAUGUGAAUAAGUAUGAUGUAAAAUCUUGAUUACUUAUUUAUUAACAAUUUUUGUAUGCUUUGCAUAUAGAAAUACUGACCCACAUGUAACUGCUGCGCAAAAGUUCGUUAUGUACCCAUGCCAGAUGUGAAUUAAAUAUUUUUCAAAAAUUUUCAAUGACGGAAUAAAGUCAUGACACAAAGUUGUUGACUAGAUACUAAAAUAGUUGUUACUGAUGCCAGUAGUUUUUAUGUCAAUACACAUGUACCAUAAUCUGAGCUCAAAUGACAUCACACACAAAUCUAUUGA